AUGCCGUUGCUCCCCAGCUUCAUCACGCGACCGCCCAGCCAAUGGGUCCAGUCAGCCCGCGGCACAAUAGGAGGCUUCACCUGGGGUCCAAGUGUGUCUGCUGCGAAAUGGGCAGUUCACUCUUUAUUCAGUAAUAUCCAGGUGGGAACCCUGGUGCUCGUGGACGAGGUCGACGGCACCAAUCAUGUCUUUGGCGAGAAGCUGGGCUCUUCCAAGCUGCCGGGGAGGGUGGUGGUGAACGGCGCGGUCAGUGUUCCUAGGGUGGAACUGGUUGUCAAGAAGAACGCCUUCUGGAUGCGGCUCAUUCUGUUCGCCGACAUGGGUUUCUCGGAAGCGUACAUGUUGGGAGAGGUGGACUGCACCGACUUGACGGCCUUCUUCCAGCUCUUCCUGGCGAAUCGAGAGCAAUUAGGUAACGGAACGACCCUACUAUCAACCUUCUCGAGCUACGCUUCAGCGCUGGCCCGAAGAACAAACACCAUGUCGAAUUCCUUGCUCAACAUUUCAGCCCACUAUGACAUUAGCAAUGAGAUGUUCGCGGCCUUCUUGUCACCAGAUAUGACGUACUCCUGUCCAAUUUGGGACAAAUUCGGCCCCUCCGAAGAGACACUGGAAGAGGCGCAGAUCAGAAAAUUGCAGGUCUUCAUUGAUGAGGCGCACAUCAAGUCGACAGACCAUGUGUUGGAAAUCGGGACUGGCUGGGGCUCUUUUGCGAUUCUAGCCGUGCAGCAAACGAAAUGCCGGGUCACCAGCCUGACGCUCUCGCAAGAACAAAAGGCACUUGCGGAGGAUAGAAUUGCAAAAGCUGGCUUGUCGGACCGAAUAGAGGUGCUGCUGAUGGAUUAUCGAGCCUUGCCCGUACCCCAGCGACCUUAUGACAAGGUCGUCUCGAUCGAGAUGCUGGAGGCAGUUGGGCAGGAGUUUCUAGGGACCUACUUUGCUUGCAUCCACCGGCUUUUAAAGAAAGAUGGCGGGAUCGCAGUCUUUCAAUGCAUCACCAUGCCCGAGGGACGACAUGAGGCAUACUCGAAGAGCGAGGACUUCAUAAAUCACUAUAUCUUUCCCGGUGGCUAUCUCCCCUCGAUUACGCAACUAAUCGACCACAUCAGCAAAGAAUCCGAAGGAACACUUGUUGUUGAGAAAGUGGAUAAUAUUGGAGGACAUUAUGCCAAGACUUUGAGGCUGUGGAGGGAAAGCUUUAUGAACAACUUCGAAUCCAAGAUCAAGCCUGCCCUUCUUGAGAAGCACGGAGCUAUGACAGAUGAAGGUGUUUCGGUUUUCAGGAGGAAGUGGGAGUAUUACUUCAGGUAUUGCGAAGCCGGCUUUCUCGCCAAGACCUUGGGGGAUGUCAUCAUUUCUGUUGGACGAGACGGCGCCAUGGAGCUCAUGGAGGGCAUUCCCAAAUGA